AUGGAACCAAAAUUAAUUUAAGAAAAUGAUUAAAUUAAUUCAGGUCUAUAAAGAAAUAUCAAAAUCAUAGAGAUAAAUCAGGAAAACAAUGAAUAAAAACAGGGGAAUAUUGAAGAGGCUGAAAAAUUAUUUAAAUAAGGUAUUAGUCAUUUUAUGAUAUUUUAGGGGAGGCAUUACAUAAUUUACAGAAAUAUUAAGAAGCUAUCGAUUGUUACGAUAAAGCUAUUUAAAUUAAUUCAAAAUAUGAAAUUGCAUGGAAUAAUAAGGGUAAUUAAUUUAUAAAUAUUAUUUUUAGGAUCUGCAUUACGCAAAUUACAGUAAUAUUAAGAAGCUAUCGAUUGUUACGAUAAAGCUAUUUAAAUUAAUCAAAAAUAUGACAUUGCAUGGAAUAAUAAGGGUAAUUAAUUUCUGAACAUUAUUUUUAGGAUCUGCAUUACGCAAAUUACAGAAAUACUAUGAAGCUAUCGAUUGUUACGAUAAAGCUAUUUAAAUUAAUUCAAAAUAUAACAUAGCCUGGAAUAACAAGGGUAAAUUAUGUUACAAUUAGGCUAUUCCCUACAUUAAUUAAAGAAAUAUAAAGAUGCCAUUGUAUGUUAUGAUUAAAGAUUAUCUAUUUGCCCAGAUCCUGUAACAUUAAAGUUAAAAGGUUUAUUUAUUUUAAUUUAAAUUUAGCUGAUUCAUUAUUUGAAUUAGGGAACAAAAGAGAAGCUAAACUAUGUUAUAUUACUGCAUUGGAAAAAGGAUCAAAUGAGAAAGAUUUUAUUAAGAAAUAACUAUCAAAGUUAUGA